AGCCACGCCCCCUUGCCCCGGAAGCGGAAACAGUUGGCGUUGACCCUUCCGCCAUAUUGGAUGCUGUGGUGGAGGGUGGGGGGGGAAGGCGGAAGGAGACACCUGGCACCGGCUGCAGCGGCUCCGGCACCCCAACAAUGUCCGAAGGGGACAGUAUUGGAGAGUCUGUUCAUGGCAAAUCUUCUGUGGUGUAUAGAUUUUUCACAAGACUUGGACAGAUCUACCAAUCCUGGUUAGAUAAAUCUACUCCAUAUACAGCAGUACGAUGGGUUGUAACUCUGGGUCUGAGUUUUAUCUACAUGAUUAGAGUUUAUCUACUACAGGGUUGGUACAUCGUGACGUAUGCCUUGGGAAUCUACCACCUAAAUCUCUUCAUAGCUUUCUUGUCGCCAAAGGUAGAUCCCUCUCUAAUGGAAGACUCAGAUGAUGGUCCUUCAUUACCCACAAAACAAAAUGAGGAAUUUCGACCCUUCAUUAGAAGGCUGCCAGAGUUUAAAUUCUGGCAUUCUGCUACUAAAGGCAUCCUUGUUGCAAUGGUAUGUACAUUCUUUGAGGCGUUCAACGUUCCGGUAUUCUGGCCAAUCCUUGUGAUGUACUUCAUUAUGCUAUUCUGUAUCACUAUGAAGAGACAAAUCAAGCAUAUGGUAAAGUACAGGUAUAUACCGUUCACACAUGGCAAGAGGAAAUACAAAGGGAAGGAAGACAUGGGAAAGACCUUCGCUAGCUAGAAGUUGAAUUGAGCCUGUUGACUGACUCUACAUAUAACUACAAGAACGGUUUUGAGCCAUUGUAACAAUGCCUUUUUUCUUCAUAUAAAGUAAUUAAGAGGGUGGUGACAAAGCAGUUGAAUUUUCAUUUUAAGAGGAUGUUUCUAUUUUUUGUCUGAAAUAUCAGUUUCUUGAAGAAACUGGCAUUCUAACCAAAUUGCAUUGGGUUAAUUUAUCUUUGAUAAGUUGGAGAGUCUUCGGUAUCCCAUUGAUUUGGGAUCAUGUGUUGCUUUCAAGGUCCACUGUAAUCAUUGGGGAGGCUAAUGGUUACAAUUAGGUUUUUUUACAUAGUGUUCCUGCCCAGUAUGACCCUGAAAUGCUGUGCACAUAUGUGGAGAAAAAUAGUAAGUUGGCACACGUGAUGCUGUUGUCUGCUUCAUAAUUGUGUGCUAAGUUCAUACACGGGUCUGAUAGGCCUUAAUAUAUGCAGAAUUUCAGCCAACAAGGUACAUGCAUGGUAUCGCUGGAGUGUAACCAAGUUAGUAAAGAGUAGAUGGGUUUUUUUAACAAAAAUCUUAAAUUCUGUUUUUUGCAGAAAGGAAAUAAAGAUUACUAUAGCUCAUAAGGAAACUCAUUUGUGUUAGGUUCUUAUGCCAGUUUCGCCAUUGCAUCUCAUGGCAGAUGCUGAAAGUGGGCUCAUUCAUAAUGACUCAAAACUUUGUUCUUAAACUAUCAUGAUUUCUUUUGAGGGCCUGGAAUUAUAAAUAUAUAUAUUUUAAUUGUUAUUAGUUGGAGAAUAUUUUGACUUGUUUCUUUGAUACUUAAGGUUUUUUUUGAUUAACUUAAGUUUGCUUCAUGCAGCCCCUUAAGAACACACCCAAACUGGCCAUAGCAGACAAACGUUGUGGAUUUUAACAGCUUUUCAUUUUCUAUGAAAAAUAUAGAAAUAAAUGACCUGCAUGUAAACUUUUUGAUGUGAUACAGCUACAAACAAUUUUAUUAAGUGACUUUUUAAUUCCAAACUUUAUUAAAAGACAGUUGUCCCCCUUUCUUGUUUUAGUCAUCUUUACAUGAAAUAUAUUGGGCUAAUAUUUAUAGAUCUGACAUUUUAAAUGGUGUCAACGCUUACAUUUUCCUCUUUUUAUUCAAGUAACACAUUUACUUAGUUCGUAAGAGUUUAUUCAGUUGAAUUAUAUUUCAGGUGCUAGGAUGAGACGAGUCCUUUGAAUGCACUACGUAGUGUAGCGGCAGCUUCAAUAGAUUCUUGCUAUGAAACACAUACAAAGGAACCCUUGUUGUUUGCUUGUGCAGAAUGAGAGCCAAUAGGAAACCCUGUACACCAUUAAUUAGAUUCAGCCUGCUGUAAUCUUGAAAAAUGUCCUAUGGUUCUUUAACUAGCAUUGUGGAAAACAGUGUGUUUUUUUUUAUAAAGUAAACUUGUUCAAUCUAAAGUUUCAUGCAAACGUGAUUGAAAAAUACCAUAUAACCAUAAGCCCUUAUCAAAUGCCAAUCAUGAACACUGUUGCUGCCAAGAAAAACUAAAAGCCCUGAGUUUAAGAAACUGCCUUACAAUUUGCUGUCAGUUUUUGUAGUUUCACUUAUGACUGUGCCUGCAAAUCAGGGAGAUAUGUAAAAAUAGUAAUUAUCUUUGUAUUCAUUUACCUACAGAAUUAUUGGAGGCACAAAAUAAGUGGCUGGUUGACUCCCUUUCAACAUCAAACCUUAAAGGUGAAUUAGAGACUUAUCUAUUAAAAUUGUAAAAAAGGAACAUACUUGUAAUUGCAGAUUUGAAAUAUAGUUCCUUUGCUCAGCUGCUGUUUUUCUGUCAGUGGCAGCUCAAGAUCAAUACCUUUUUCUUUACUGUUGUAGGUGGGAGUGGCUUGCCCCCUAUGCGGUGAGAUUUUAACGAUGUUCAAAUAAUACUUAGUAUCCCAUGCCCAGGCACGAACAAGUCUAGAACAUGGUUUCUCUUAAAAAUAACAAACACACCACCUGUGCAGUGGUUGAGUGAACUGUUCUAAACUGUUUAAGCAGGCAUCUUCUUAAACCACUUCUAAAUGUUUUCUUAGUGUUAAGUUAUAUGCCUUCAUCAAUUAUGGCCGAAGAAACCUAGAUCUUGACAGAUUCAAGAAUAACUUUCUAGUGCAGAUUGCAACUGCCUUCUUUCUUGGCAGCAUUAUCCAAGUUCUACCAUCAGUAAUAGCUUGCUACAUGUUUCUAUGUGUAAUUAAAUGUGUUGACAAUGAUCUCUAAAGCUGCAUAUGCCUUGAGUUCUGGCUCAGGCCACCUUUCUCCCUUUGCUGUAUUGACAGUUAAGUUCAGGUGAGGUUUUCCUAGGAAGCCUUUGAUAUGAAAGGUGGGAGGGUAGGGACAGUGUAUUUCACGUCUCUCACUUAUCCAGCAGAGUUAAGUGUCCUGUUCUUCUGCAUAUAGCAGUACCUAUCUCUUCUUUCAGGCUUUCUGUGUAUGUGAGGGGAAGGAACCUAACUGUGUGGGAGUUUGUAGGGAGAGGUUGUCCACAACUCUUGCUAUAUGUUGCCUAUAUGGCCAGGACCUCUGCAGUAUAAUUAUUUUAACAGAAGUGCUCUUAACUUAGUAUGGAUUCAGGAUCUAAUAAGGUAUUUUCCAAGGCUUUUUUUUAACCUUUAGAAGCUUCAGUGAAAAGCUUAUUUUUAAGUAGUUUGUUAUGCAUGUCAAAGACUUGAUGAAUUCUGGAUUUUUUCCCUCAGAGCAUGUGAAUAGCAAUCUGAGUUGUACCUUUAGCUAUCAUGCAAGAGCAGAAAGAUGAACCACAACGUUUGAUUGUUUUUCCUCCCAAACACUUUGCUUUUUGGAUAAUUGAAUCACUAAUGAUUUCUCGAAAAAAAUCUUAAGCAGUGAUGCUUUUGUAAACAUCCCUCUUCGUUUGCGCUGUAAAAUGUGUAAUCAGCAAAGUUGAUAGUGCCUAUUGCCAAAAGGUUCUGGGUAGGAGUGUGAUGUUUACUAAUCUUGUAUUUUGGACAAUGGAAGAUACCACUGCAGUCUGUAUAUAUAAUGAAUUAAUAUAAAUUCUUCAUGAUUAUUA